AUGCUCCAAUUUCAGUGUUUGGUAGUUUUGUUGCUCCUAAUCCUGAUUGGCUUCUUUUUUUCCGGCUUCGAAUAUUAUUAUGAUUAUAUCGGUCUGAGGGAUGGUCACAGAUAUGUUUAUCAUACCUUCAAUUCAAAACACACAAGCUGCGACCAUAGCCCAUCCACUUGCGUGGGUAAUGACAUCAAUUUAAAGUGCCCAUUUCAGUUUAGAGGUGAUCAUCCAAAUCUAUGCCCUAUUGAAUUCUCUUGUGAAAAUAAUCGCACUGUUCUACCCAUAAUUGGUGGUACCCAUCCGGAGAUACAACAGUAUAACUUUUCUGUGGAGCUAAACAGUAUUGAUUAUGAGCAACGGACACUUCGUAUAUUUGAUCCUGGGGUGCAAAAAAACAACUGUUCUACUCUGCCAGUCUACCCAUUAGGUCCACACGACUACAACUACUAUUAUCAACCUGGUACACAUUACGGCAUGGAGAUUGAUCCCGAUGCUGGUUCGUUGGUCUUUGUCAGCUGUAAAAAUCCGGUGAAAUCGAAAUAUCCUCUUUAUGUAGACACUGCUUCCUGUAAUAUCACUGCAAAUCAUUUUUCAAAAAUGAAAGCUCCGUCCAAUUAUUACAGCUAUGUUGUGGUUGGUGAAACUGUGGUGGCAUCUGACAUUAAAGAGUCCUGCACUGUCUAUAAGACAGCUCCUGUAGACCUGCGGUGUCUCCCUAAUGUAACAGCAGGAGAUAUUUCGUUUCAAGACAUCCACAAUCUUCUGUCUAAUGGCCUUGAGCUCGGUUGGUUAAGAGAGUCGCGGAGCUGGAAAGGUUUUCCUUGGCUCCCACAAGGACGAGUCAGCUACGCAAUUGGAUCUUACGGGGAAGGUGGUGUCGCAGUUUUGUGUAAGGCAUCUGAUUUGUAG